CUUCCCUCUCCCCCCUCUUCUCCACAUCUCUGUCCCGUACAACGGUUUCUCCAUGCCCCCCCAUCGCCAAUGCCACCCCCCCAGGGCACUCAAUCUCACGACAAGCUCAUCCUACCUUCCAUCCCCAACGAAGUCCCCAACCAUGGCUUCCCAAAUGCUAGGAACAACACCUCCACUGUCCUAUUCGCUCGACACCACCGCUCGCGUUCUCUCUAUCUCGCCUCGCCACGCUGGUACCGCAAUAGCCUCCUCGCGAGCGCAGGAUACCUGGAGUUUGCAAACGCAGGUGACUUCGCCGCAAACGUCUGGAAUGAGGUCCCUGUGCCACGCCAUGCUGUCAUCCUGAUGGCCAUUGGUGGUCCGUUGGCUCUUCUCAUGAGUUUAGUCGCCGCCCGUGAUGCCCUGCUGAGCUGGCGCAACGUGCGGUUGCUCCGCGGGGAGAGGCGCGAGCUCCUUGCUUUGAAGGACGAGCUGCUGCUACGUCGACCCACCGCGAGUGGGAACGGAACAGAUGCCGCCAUGAUUCCGUUGAUCGAGGGUAGACUUCGGGUUGGAGUUCGCGAACUCGGGACGGAGAUCGUUGACCGCAUCGCCAUGGAUGUCUUGCUGGGGACUGGUGCCCUUCUGGUUGGGAUUGGGACCUUGAUGGCCAUUGCGGGCAGUCACCCGCCGGUCUACCGCGCGAGUAACCUUUUGUCGGGGUUCGUUGGGAACUCCUUUGCCGCUGCUUUCGGUGUCAUUAACGCUGUCUGGUCGUGGUAUCUGGUCUGUCGGUUUCGCCGGCACGACCGCGCUUGCAUGUCGCAGGACCAAACGGGGGGAGGGGAAGAAGCAGGUACAGCCGUGGCGGCAUUUAAAGGGAAACUCCACCCCCGAUUCUUGCGCUUGCAGGUCCACGCUGUGGUUUCUGGUAUCACCGGGCUGGUCGCCGGUGCUGCGUCUAUGGUCACGGCACGCAUGUGGUGGGGGUAUGUCCUGCUGAUCCCGUGCAUGGGGCUGCAAGUCGCGUGUAACCGAGUGUGGCGGCGGUAUCUAGGGUACGACAGGCCAGUGGUUUCUACCCAGCCGAGCGCUGUCUCUUCCGCGGCCCCGUUGGGUAAUGAGAGUCCACCACGGGAGCCGGAGAAGACGUCCCUUCCCGCGCAGCAAUAUACAGCUUCUAUCACCAGCAGCAGCGAUUCUAUACUUCCGGCCCCUCUUUCGGCCCCUCUGACUCGACCAGUCGGUUGCAGUAAUCCAGUCAACCAUGCUCAUAAAGAGGGAAAGCAGGAGCAAAUCCACGUGGAACAAAUCCUGCUCACCUCCUUGGCAGAGACAAGUGCCGCCCGCGCCGCCCUCGACCCCAUCCCCUCGACUCUCGGCGCUCUCGACCGCUCCUCCCUGGAGGGUGUGUUAUCCUUCGUGGAGACACACGCGCUCUUUGACUCGCUGUGCGACUGGCUCGUGCAAGACGGCCGCGUCCCAGGCGGAUUGCACCAUGCGAUCUUCUCCUCUCUCCGCGAUGGUGAUACCCUCGUGCCGUCGGGCCUGGCGGCCAGAGUCUCCACUACCGACCACAACCGAUUGAAAGAGCUCUGUUUGACAUUCCUCGGCGACGGGGGUCGACAUGUACUCGUCUGUCGCGAGAGAUACCUCGUAGAGCUUGUAGGGUGUACUCUUGCCGAUAUUCCCAGUACCACCUAGCUCUUCUCUCUUUCUCCCCUUUUCUUCCCUAUCCCUUUUUUUCUCUUCUCCUUUUGAGCGGGGCAGUGCAGUAGACCUGUAUCCAUACAGUGUGCAGGCACACCAGAAAACGAAAAAGUUGUUGAUCAGUUAAUGUAUGUGUUUUGGGUGUUUGAUUGGUUGACAGGCUGAUGGGUAGCUUUUU